AAAGCUGCCAGCCUGGAUGCAAAGCAAGAACUUUUCAUCUUGUGGGAACCCUUGCCACGUCUUGCUUGAGAGCGUUUCUCAGAUUGUAGUUCCUGGAAUCUCAGUGCUAUGGGAAGCAAGUGCCUGCCGCUGCUCUCAGCUCUCAGUGUCCUGCUGGCUCUGUCAGGAGCAGAUGCAAAGAAUUCUGGAGCUUUCUGUCCUCCAUGCCCUGAAAAUGCCAGCUGCUACAAUAGCACCCACUGUGCUUGUAAAGAUGGAUUUCAUUCCACGGCUGGGAGGAGAUAUGUCACCAAGUCCUCUGAGAAAUGUGAAGAUAUUGAUGAGUGUAAUACUGGGCUGGCAAAGUGCAAGAAGAAAUCAUAUUGCAGAAAUACAAUUGGAAGUUACUACUGCAGCUGUGUCCCGAAUUAUCCUCUCUUCAACUGGGUGGCCAAGUUCAUUAAAGUGAAUCAUCCAGACUGCUAUGAGGAUACCCAUAAUGCGAAACCAUCGGCCUCCAUUUGGGAAAUUCUGAGAAAAAAUGAAAGCAAAGAGCACAUUGCAAAACAGGCCACCCAAGUCCUUCAAAACGUGGAAUUGGCCAUAUGGAAUACGAGUUUUGCUUCUCCAGGAAAGCAUGAAAAUUCUGAAUUUGAUAUAGUCUAUGAAACCAAGAAGUGCAAUGAGACAAGUGAGAAGACUCUGCUGGAAGCUGGAAACAACACAAUGGAUAUUGACUGCACUGCUGCUUUCAAAGGAGCCAGAAGAGAGAGGAGCACAGUUGCAUUUAUCACUUAUCGAUCUCUUGGGGAUGUGCUGAAUGGAUCCUUUUUUGGCGACAGAAAAGGGAUACGGAAAGUGAAACUGAACUCUCAUAUCGUGAGUGGCACCAUUGGUGUGAAUGAAAAGAUUGAUCUGUCUGAACCUGUAUUCCUGACCUUCCAACAUACUCAGCGUGGUGGUGCCAGAACAGAACCUUUCUGUGUCUACUGGAAAGGAUCGGAGGAGGGGGGCAGCUGGUCGACGGAGGGCUGCUAUCAUAUGGGCAGCAACGAUUCUUACACCAAAUGCAAGUGCUUCCAUCUUUCAAGCUUUGCUGUGCUCUUGGCUCUUGCCCCAAAGGUGGAUCCUAUUCUGGAGGUGAUCACCUACGUGGGACUGAGCCUGUCUCUGCUGUGCCUCUUCCUGGCAGCCCUCACCUUCCUCCUCUGCCGACCCAUUCAGAACAUCAGCACCACCCUCCACCUGCAGUUCUCAAUCUGCCUCUUCCUGGCCAACCUCCUCUUCCUCACAGGGAUGGAUCAAACCGAGCCUAAGGUGCUGUGUUCCAUCAUCGCAGGGGUGUUGCACUAUCUCUACUUGGCCUCCUUCACCUGGAUGCUCCUGGAAGGGCUGUACCUCUUCCUCACUGUUAGGAACCUCACGGUGGCCAACUACACCACCAUACGCAGAUUCAACAAGAGGUUCAUGUACCCUUUCGGCUAUGGGAUUCCAGCUGUGAUUGUGGCUGUGUCUGCAAUAGUAGGACACAAAAACUAUGGAACCUAUACUCACUGCUGGCUCAAAGUUCAUAAAGGGUUCAUCUGGAGCUUCAUGGGGCCAGUGGCGGUCAUUAUCUUGAUAAACUUGGUGUUUUGCUUCCUAAUUCUGUGGAUUUUGAGAAACAAACUUUCCUCCCUCAAUAAAGAAGUUUCCACCAUUCAGGAUACCAGAGUCAUGACAUUUAAAGCCAUUGCUCAGCUAUUUAUCCUGGGCUGUUCUUGGGGCCUUGGUUUUUUUAUGGUUGAAGAAGUCGGGAAUACAAUCGGAGCAGUCAUUGCCUACGCAUUCACCAUCAUCAAUGUCCUGCAGGGCUUUUUUCUCUUUUUGGUACACUGUCUCCUUAAUCGCCAGGUGCGAAAGGAAUACAGGAAAUGGUUUAGUGGGAUGCUGAAAGGGGUUGAAACUGAAAGCACUGAAGUAUCUCCUUCUACUACCCACACCAAAAUGCAGGAGGAACUGGGGCAGCCAUCAGAAUUCUGUCACAGGAGAGACACCGUGUCUGUCCAACCGCCGCCUCAGGCUCAUCUUGUCACUGUUUCUUGGCAAAGCACAGAAAGCUGAGCUGCUUCUGGACGGCGCCCCCCGUGGUCACAUAGGAUCGGACAAAUGCCACCAUCCAUCUUUCCUAUGAAAAUGCGUGCUGACACACUCCUCUAUUUUGGCUUCUAUCUCCAUAGAGAGAAAAGGGCACGUGCAAGAAUUCUUAGAGCCAGAAUCCAGUAUUAGAUACCACGUGCAAUUAAAUGCUCCAAGAAUCCUUUCUAAUGAUCAGGGAACGAAGUGGGUUUUCUUCUUCUAACUGUUACCACCUUGCCCACAACUAAUUGAUGACAUCUUGAUUCAGCUCACAGAUCCCUCUUCAGCCUGGCUGUUGCAUUUUAUGCUCCCAAGGGUCUUGCAUCACUCAACAUUUGCAUAAUUUAAUAAUUCCCAUAAGAAUAAGUAUAAAAAGGGGGUUGCAUUCUUGCAAUGCAAAAGCACACCACCAUCCCCGCUUAGGGGUGUACUGUCACCAGACAUGACCUUGUGGUCAGGUCACCAGCACUUUCCUGUUUUGUUUCCCUGGUGACUCUUUUGAAACUAUCCUAAGCUAUGGUUAAGGAUAAUUUUGUUUUUUUAGUGUCGUCUCGAACAUGUCCUCGUGUCAAUGCUCCCAACCUAAACCAGCAUGGUGUAUCACAGCAGUGGUUUGGCCUUAUUUGCUUUGUUUUACUGUUUCUAAUAUCUUUUCCAAGCUUAUUGGAUUUUGGGUGUGUUUUUCAUCACUAGAAUUAACAAAGGCAUGGAUAACUUUGUUACUAGACAAUAUUUUUAAAACAAUGUUAAAUUAUAAUGACAGUAAAUGUUAAAAUAGCAGCCAAGCACCACUAUAAUUCAUUUAAGGAAAUUUUGUGUGGGAUUUUUAGGUUUUGGACAAAGUAUUUGUUGCUUUUAUGCUUAAACACCUCAAGCAUCUCCUCCACAUGGCAGCAAUAUAAGCAGAGUGUACGAUUCACUCCACCUGCUGGCUUCGAAGUUAUGUAAUUCCUCUUGAGAAAUUAAAAUUUAGGGAGAUUCACAUGGUUUCAAAAUGCGUGUCCACAGUAUGACUUUUUAUAUCAUGCAAUUUCAACUUUACAUGAAUAAAACUCGCAUAUAAUGCAACCUUUUUCAGGAGGACAAUCUGGCACUAACGAUCCAAACUUAAUAUGUCCAUAAUGCUUUCAUUUAAAAAUUCCACUGCUAUGAAUUUAGCCUAAGGAUAUUGUGAUAAGUGUAAUUUAUAAAUACAAGAUGAUACAUAAAUUCAAAGUGAUGUGAUAUACUAUAUCACCCUGAAUUAUUUGCUGUGAUGUGUUGGAUGGAGGAAAAAGGAGCACUUUGUGUGUAAACAUGUUACCUUAGACCUGUAAAUACAUUUACAGGUCCACUAGGGUACCACACUCAAAGGUCAGCCAAGCUAGCCUGGCUUAUCCCUGCCAGCCACCAAACACUAGGAAACCACAGCAUCAGUCCCCCUGAGUCUCUCUGGAGCAGACUGGACCAUUGUAUGUUUGCCCUGAGGUCACCAUGAGCCCCUUGCACUGCUUAAUCCAGGACCAAAGGUUUACCUUGAUGCAUCAGUAGGGAGCAAAUAGUGGCUCUAGGCCAAGAAAGACUGAUCAAAUCCUGGGAAUAAGGCAGCACAGGGCUUUCAUUAGCUCAUUGUUGCUUAUUUGAUCAAUUUGCUAAUUGUUUACUAACUUGUUGAAUGUGACUAAAUGUGUGUCUGGCAAGCAACAAGUGACUCACAAUUUUCUUGGUUGUCUCUUAUUGGAACUGACUCUUUGCUGUAGCCCAAGCCAAAAAUCUGAAUUAAAGAGCACUCUCACAUUUAA